AUGAUCAAAUACGCGUUUCAACAACCAAUAAGACGUGUAAAUGUUUUUAACACGUUAAGAUUAUAUUCUCGUUAUACUAAAGCAGCUUCUAAUACAACAACUUCAUCAUCAUCAUCACAACCAAUUAAAAAAAUAAUAGAGGAUGAAGAUGCAGAAAUAAUAGAUACUCCAGUAUCAAGUAAUUCUAUACCAUCAUCAAUAACAUUUAAUGAUUCACCAAUCGAAAAUUUAAAUAAAGAAUCAACCACCACUCCAAAUGCAGUUAUAGAUUGGUCAGAUUCAUAUCAUGGAUUAGGAUCAAAACCUUUUUCAAAAGAAAUAAGUGAUAUAUUAUUAGCUCCCAUAGAUGAUUUAGAUAUUGAAAUUAAACCAGAUGGUUUAUUAUAUUUACCAGAAAUAAAAUAUAGAAGAAUUUUAAAUAAAGCAUUUGGACCAGGAGGUUGGGGGCUUGUACCAAGAACAUCAAGUCAUAUAACAAAAUCUCAAAUAUCAAGAGAAUUUGGAUUAAUUUGUCAUGGUAGAUUGAUUAGUAUAGCAAGAGGAGAACAAGAUUAUUUUGGCGGGGAGGAAAAAAUUACAACAGCAUUAGAAGGUUGUAAAUCAAAUGCUUUAAUGAGAUGUUGUAAAGAUUUAGGGAUUGCAAGUGAAUUAUGGGAUCCUUCAUUUAUUAGAAAAUGGAAAUCUAAAUAUUGUGAAGAAGUAUUUGCUGAACAUGUUGUUAAUAAAAAGAAAAAGAAAUUAUGGAAAUUAAAAAGUUUAAAAAAAUUAGAAUAUCCAUAUAAACAGAUUUAA